AUGGCUGACCACUUGUCCGAUUCGCCUGAGUUGCUCGCGUCCAUCGGUACUGCUAACUCUUCAUUCCUUGCAAAGUUGCAAUCCCCCUCGCUCGUUUUCGCAAGCCGAGUUCUUACAAUGCUUGACUCACACAAGCACAUCCCUCGUGCUCUCCUUCUCGCAGACCAGCAGAAGCUUUAUUAUGCCACCGUGACCCUUUCCGAUGCUGCGUCCAACACGGGUGUCGGUGUCGCGUUUCUCAUGACUGCAACCUCAACUGCUACUCUUGAAGCCUCCGCCGCUCUCCCCGUCAAGAACAGUUACAGCUCCGGUCCUUCGACUACCGUCAUUACCAUCCUCGCAGUCACAACGCUCCUCGUCGCAGCCCUCUUUGUGCUAGCCCUCAUCGCAUUCUACAUUUACCGCCAUCGUCGCCUCGCUGCCUCUAAAGACGGUCCUGGCACGGACGUUAUGACCGACUAUAAAUUGUUCUGGAAGCGCAAGAGGGAAAGUGGGGAUUUGGUUCCGCCAACUGUUAUAUUCUCGGGGAAUGAGAAGGAUAUGGAGAGGGAGGGACAAAAGAGGGCGAUUGGAUUAGCGGGGUUUUGCAUCCCGGUGGUAGUUGUUAGUGAUGCUGAUGGGAGUCAUGGUGCGAGGGCGAUAUAGGGGGUGUAUGCUAUGAAACUGGAGGUGUAUGCGGCGGGAAAAAACUUGAAGAUGAGUAUCGCGAGCAUACUGACACUGUCUCAGGUUGUCGUUGUUAACCGAGCGUUGACCUUACUGACGUCGGGAUACGCAUACGUC